GGUUGACCAGUCACUUCCGUUGUGGGUCGGGUCGCCAUGGCGACGGCGCCUAGCUGAUGGUCUCCAUCACUGUGUUGAAGGCUGCAGGACUCGCUCGUUAUCCACAGCUGCUUUGUGGAAGAGUUGCACCAACAACAGGGUAACUAUGGCCACAGGGCGGAGUGAAGAUGCGCUUGUGCAGCAGGUGAACCAGCUGUGGACUAUGUUGGACGAGAUGUCUGAGAGCAGCCCUGAAACUUAUCACAAAUUCAUCAGCCAGCAGCUGACCGAGGGCAAGAAGCAGUUCUCUGCCCCAGAGCCCCACGCCUGCAUCCAGACCAACAUACAGGAACCCGGUGAGAGGGUGCUGUUCGUAAACCUUUGCAGCUGGAGUCGAGUCCCUGCUCCGAAGAGCAAUGCUGACCCUGUCCCUCUCAGCGGAGGGCCGAUGGAGGAAACGAUCAAUGGCACAGACGCUUGCUGGGUCACUGACGUUGCGUACAGCCCAGAGGUGAUUCAGAAAGCGAGGGAGGACCCUGUGGAACGGGACCAGAUGAUCCGCCUGGCGAUGAGAUACAUCGAGGAGCAGCACCGCGUCCGCCUGUCGCACUCAUACAGGCUGCUGGGGCAGACGCAGACGGGCAGCAGGGAGCGGAUCAAGCAGCGGCUGAGCGGGAGAAGCGAGCCUGGCCAAGCUGUGGCCGUGGAGGCAGAGGCCGAUGCUAACGCCUCCUUACUGCAGCGGCUGACCAGCCUAAGAGAGGCAGAUGGGGAGCAGGACAAGGACAGUCCCAUCCACCUGCCCACUCACACCAACCAGCCAAACAAGCCAGGCCUCAUCCAGGAGAUUUCCAGCGUGGACUUUGAGUGUAGCAACACAGUUGAUACUCCAAAGUACAAGAUGUCCGUCAUCACUGAUGAGGGUGGGAAACCGACAAGCAUCCAGCUGAAGGUGGAGCUGCCUGGGGUUUCCUCUGUGGCAGACUGUGGUCUCAGCGUCUCCAAGGAUGAUGUUGUUAUCGAUGUGGUGGCAAAGUACCGACUGCAGCUCAACCUACCCGAAACCAUCUGUGAGGACAUGGUCAGCGCCAAGCUCAGCAGGAAGACCCACACCCUGUCCGUAAGGAUGCCUAUUCUUACCAAGUAACCGGAUCGAAUCUCUCAAAUGUUAUGCAUUCCAACUUAUUUCCACACAGACUGCUGUAAGGAUAUCGUUUCUGAUGAACGUAAAUGAACCAAAUGCAAAUAGCCAAAGUUUUCCCAGCGUGGGCAAUGGUUUCCUGUUCCUCAGAGAGCGCACAAUCACACACCUUGUUCAGCCACAGUGUUCACAUUCAGAUUGGUUUGUCAUAUAAAAUUUCACAAAGAAUUGUAAAUCCAGUGCAUCAAAAUAAAUUCCCUUGAAGCUG